UUCCCAGCCAAACCAUCUUCAACUACUGAAAAUGGCUAUGGCUAUGGCUAUGGCCUCUUCUUCUUCUCUUCUCUCCAGAAAAUUCUCUCACUCCCCAGAUAAUUCUCUUCUAUUUUCAUUCUCCCCCUCUCUUCAAAAACUUCCUUACACCAUCACCACCAGAAUUCAAUGCACCAACAAACAACAAGAAUCUUCUUCUCAGUCUCAGUCACUGUCAACUUCAAGUUUUGAGCCGAGAAAAGGAGUCUCCGUGUAUAAACCCAAGUCCUAUGACGUUCUUGCUUCUGAUGCUGCUAAAUGUUUGGCUUUUGCUCUUCAGGAUGGUAAAACCCGCUUGGAAAUUGAUUUCCCGCCAUUGCCUAGCGACAUUUCGUCUUAUAAGGGAUCUUCAGAUGAUUUCACCGAUGCCAAUAUUCAACUUGCCUUAACUGUUAUUAGGAAGCUCCAAGAGUUGAGAAAAACCAGAGCUUGCAUUGUGUUUCCUGAUAAACCAGAAAAGCGAAGGGCUUGUGAACUUUUCAAAGCAGCUCUGGACUUGACAGAUGGAAUAUCCAUAGGUUCACUUGAUGAUGUCCCCACUGGUCCUGUCACUUCAUUUUUCAAGUCUAUAAGGAACACCUUAGACUUUGAUUUUGAUGAUGAAAAUGAAGGUCGUUGGCAAUCCAGCGAGCCACCAUCCCUUUAUGUAUUCAUCAAUUGUAGCACGCAGGAUCUUUCUGUUAUAGAGAAGUAUGUGGAAAAAUUUGCUGUGUCAACCCCAGCACUUCUGUUCAAUCUUGAACUUGAUACGUUACGCGCUGACUUAGGUAUUCUGGGAUUUCCACCGAAAGAUUUGCACUACCGAUUUCUAUCUCAAUUCAUGCCGGUUUUUUAUGUUAGAAUCAGAGAGUACUCAAAGACAGUGGCUGUAGCUCCUUAUAUCUUAAAUUACAAUGGAGCAUUAUUUCGCCAAUACCCUGGUCCAUGGCAGGUCAUGCUUAAACAAUCAGAUGGUUCGUUUGCUUGUGUAGCAGAAAGUGCAACACGUUUCACACUCGGCGAGACCAAAGAAGAACUACUGAGAGUCCUUGGAUUGCAAGAAGAAGAAGGAAGCUCGCUAGAAUUUCUUCGAAGGGGCUACAAGUCUGCAACUUGGUGGGAAGAAGAAGUUGAAUUGGAAGCGUCUUCUGAAUGGCGGACUUGAAUCCCACUACCAUUAAUCAGAUAAGUAUGCACCAGAAAUUGCACGAUCUCGACUAAAAAUUAGAGGAGAAAAUUUAUAUUUUGAUCAAUAAUAAUGCCAGGAUACCGAGGUGAUUGAUAUAUUUUUGUAAAAUUUUCGAAAUUCAGUUUUUUUUUUGUAUAUGUUAUGUAAAUGAUCUUAUACAUUAUGUUUAUGACUAGUACUUAAAUUAUCAUGCAAUAUAUUUUUUGGGACUUGAGAUCAUUA